GCUGCCUGUGGUCUUGUCUAGGAGUGGUCUCUCAGGCCAAGAUGGCGGCCAGUGGAGGUCCGGAUUUCGGCUUUGUAAAAAACAUUGUUAAAGACAAGUUAAUUGAUAUUCUUGAAUCGGUUCCUGGUAAAAAAGAUCUUGUAAUUGAUCCAAAAUUGAUGAAACCACUAGACCACAUCGCUGGAGCAGCUUUUCUUAAGGAACAUGGUGUUGAUAAAAUAUUCAAGUUGGAUUAUGAAAAAAUCACUUUGGGGUGUGAUAAGCGCAUCUACUUGCUCAGACCUAGAAUGGUACUUACUAAAUAUGUAGCAGAUCAUAUCAACCAUGAUAAAAGGAGCCAUACAUCACGCCAGUAUAAGAUUGUAUUCGCUCCAAGAAAGAUGGUUGUUUGUGAAAUGGUUCUCGAACAAGAAGGAGUUUAUGGAGAUUGUAUACUUGAUGAGUUUGAAUUUGAGAUCAUACCUAUUGAUAAAGAUCUUCUGUCGAUGGAGUUACCUGAGUUCUUCAAUGACUUUUUCUUGGAUGGUGACCAAGGCUGGAUAUACACUAUUGCCCAUGCAUUGAUGACCCUGCAGAAGAUGUAUGGUACAAUUCCCCAAGUUUACGGCUUGGGUCGCAGUGCAAAGAUGGUUAUUGAUACUUUGAAAGACCUUCUUGAUGAAGAAGGGGAGUACAAGCCAGUCGAUGGACCAGAGAUUGACUCACUUAUCCUCAUAGACAGAGAUGUUGACUAUGUUACGCCGCUGUGUUCACAAGUGACAUAUCAUGGUUUGUUGGAUGAUACGUUCAGCACAAGAAGUGGGUUUAUAGAGUUCGGCCCAGAAGUAACCGGUAAAGAACAACCAUUGAAAAUGCUUUUGGGUUCACAGGAUGAAGUGUUUUGUGAUAUCCGCGACCGGCACUUCUCCAAUGUGUUCACAUAUCUAAGACAAAAGGCCAUAUCAUUACAGUCAGGAUAUGAUAAAAGACAUAACCUGUCGUCUGUUUCGGAUAUGAAGAAUUUUGUCUCAACAGAGCUGAGUGCUCUACGGCAACAACACAAGUCGCUGGCAUUACGGUUUAAAAUGUCACCAGAUAUUGGUGCUUGCGAAGUGGUUCUCAAGAAAAAAGCUCACGAAGACUUUGAAAAGCAGUUGCACACUGAACAUGAGCUCCUUGAGUUGGUAGACAACAAAGAGACUAUUGAUUACCUUGAGCAGUACCUCAUGAGACAGUUUCCUAGCGUCAAUGGUUUGCGGCUGCUUUGUUUGCUCUCGCUGACACAUGGAGGAAUUGAUCCCAAGUUGUACAAGACCUUGAAGACCCAUUAUUUACAUAGUUAUGGCUUUGAGCACAUGGUCACUUUUGGGAACCUCAGACAGCUUGGAUUAUUCACAGAAACUGAUAAGAAAAACACUUUCAAGGUUGUUUCUAAGAAGAUGAAUUUGGUACCCAGGUCAGGUGAAACGAUCAACCUUAAGGAGCCCACAAACAUGGCGUACGUUUUCAGCGGCGCCUACACACCGCUGACUUGCAAGCUCGUGGAACAAAUCCAGGUCAGCGGCCUGUCCGCGAUUGAUGACGUCACGCGAGUCAUGGGGGUAGAGGUCUCGUCAAUGAGAAGAGCAGCGUCGGCCAGAGCCAAUCACCAGCAAGCGCCUCCAAAGACCACCAUGGUGAUGUUUCUUGGUGGAUGCACGUACACCGAGAUCACCGCGCUAAGGUUCUUGGGUAAACAGAGAGGUUGUCAAUUCAUCGUCGGCACCACAGCAAUUACGAAUUCGACCCGUCUAUUGAACUCACUGAUUCAAGCCAGGUAGCAUUGAGGUCUAGAAAGGUCUCCCUUAUUCACAGGGGAGGUGUCCAGUGUAUUGUGGGAUGGAUUAAUGAUCCGCGUAGUUGCUCAUGGGAUUGACGCUACAAACAGUGACACCAUUGUUCGGUGGGUUUGGGUGUUCUUAGGUAGUUUGUCCAGUCGACUGAAGGUUCGCUCUAAUGAAGGAAAAUGAAGUUCCACUAAGAGUUAGGACUAGCUACCCAUGAAAAAUGGGUAAAUUGUUAAUGGCCACAUGGCCUCUAGGAAGAUUCUCUUUACUCAGAAGAAGGCCUUCUUUGCUAAGCGGUAUUGCAUGGUCCAGUUGGUUGUUACGAAAAGGUGCAAGCAUUAGCGACAUUUAGCAUUAGAUAAUGAAAUUUAAAAGGUUUUUAUAGCUAGAGAGAUAAGAAACAACCCUCGAUCAACGUCAUCGAUCCAGGCCCGAGUUGGCGUUGAAAUCAACGUGAAGAUCGGACUGUCAAAUCUCUGCAAAAACACCGGGCUUCGAUGUGUUUUCGAAAUUUGAAAGCUUCGAAUUGCGUCAAAUCAGGACCCACAGAGGACCGGAAUUCACAUAGCGAAGAAACUAUGAAUGGACAAUUUGAAUUCUUUAGCUUAAUACUUUAUUAUUUUGUAUACUUGUACAGGUAAUGAUAUAAUUAUUAAAUAAGAGCUGUUGAAA